CACCCACCAACCCUCCCUUUCGUUCGGUGCUUUUAUUUUAUUUUAUUUUUAUUUUUAUUCUUCUUUUUUUUUGCGGGGGACGGCCCUGCGCCCCCUCCCACCCCCCGCAGCCCGGCUCCCGAGGGGGACGCAGGGCCGGGGCGAGCAGGUAGAGGAGCCGGCGGCGGGCGGGCGGCUGUGGCGGUGGAGGGGCGAGGCUGGAGGGGAGCGGGGCCCGGCCGGCUCCGGGGCGUGCCGCCGCCCUCCCGAGUGACAGCCCGGGGCUGGCGCCCGGGGAUGUGGCCUUGGCUUGUGCCAAGCAGCUGACGCCGCGGCGGCCGGGGGAGGCCUCGUGCGCCCAGGGCGUGCGCGCAGGAGGGAGGACGGCGCGGGGAGGACGGCAGCCAGCAGAGCGGCUCCGCGUACUUCUUCUUCUUUUUAAUUUAAUUUUUCCCUCCUUCCUUCUUUUCUUUUUAAAUCAUCUCUGUAACGGAAUCAUGGCAAGCCCAGGCCGGCCGCCGCCGCCACCGACGUGCCUCUUCUCUCUCUCCCCCGUGCGCGCACCCACUGCAGUUGCAGCGUCCGGCGGUGGCGCUGGGCUUCCUGCCCCCGCCUCCCUGCCCGCCCCGCGCCCCGGCCCCCGUGGAAGCACCUCGCCCAGCCGAGCAGCCCUGGGCACCGCCAGCUCCCACUCGCCCAGCUCCCAGCCUGCGACAGGACGCUGCAGCCGCGCCGGGGCCGCGGGAGUGUCUCCCACGGAAAGGACAAAGACUGCUGCUGAUGGCCACUCCAGCCGUCUGAAGUUGAAACAAAGAAAGCACCUGAAGCCACCUCUCCUGCCACGCCACCCGCCCAAGUGGUGCCAUUUCAGCCCAUAGAUUCUCAGAACAAGAAGCAGAAACAACCUUGGCUGGCAGCUGAAUAUAGAUGAACUGAGGACCUUCCCUUCCUCCUGUGAUUUCCUCUGUCUGUAUUUCAAUUUGUGUGACAGUCCUUUUCUUUUUUUCUUAGUGUGAGUACACAUUAUUAAUGUGCUGAAAUUCAGAUUUAAAGUGGCACAAGUAGGGGCUGAAGCAAUAGCACAGCGGGUAAGGCGUUUGCCUUGCACGUGGCCGACCCGGGUUGAUUCCCAGAAUCCCAUAUGGUCCCCUGAGCACCGACAGGGGUGAUUCCUGAGUGCAGAGCCAGGACUAACCCGGUGCAUCGCCAGGUGUGACCCAAAAAGCAAAAUAUAGUGGCACAAAUAUAUGAAUGUGUUAAGGAACAAGGUUAAUGCUACAACUCAAUGGAUUAUUAUUUUUUUAUAGUUCAAUGCUGAUUUUGAUCUCCAUAGUAACUAGAGGAUAUAAGGAUUUUGAUCUCAAUAGCAACUAGAGGAUAUAAGAUAUUUUUCUGAAAUAACAAAGUAGUCAAGAACGAUUUAUUGAUAAAAUAAGGGUGGAAACUCAGUGUAGCAUAGAAACAACGACAUCAUUCUACCUGACAGCAGCCAGUCAAACAUUAAUCAUUCUUCAUGUCAACUAGGUAGGUUCUGUGAAACACGGCUCCUACAGCUAAAGAAUUUGAACCUAGCAAACGGAUGUAUAUACACUUUUGGAAAGAUAAAUAGCAGAUCAGUUCAGUCGAUAAUAGAGGCAAAACAGAACCAAAAUAUAUAAACAAGGAACUCAGAGCAAGUCACAAUAAACUGGAGAAACUUGGUUUAAGAAGGAAAGUUCCCAAAUGAAAGAAUGAGAAGUUUAAGAUUUAGAUUAGUGGAAAGGAGAGUUCUAGCAGUUUAUAGGAUACUGUGAGCAAAGACAUGAAUGAAGGAGUCUACACAGUGAGCUUAAGGGUUAUGAAUAUACAUGUCUCCCAGACAGUUAAUGCCAAGGGUAACACACACACACACACACACACGCACACACACACACACACAAAGACUUCACAUACAGCUUCCUGACUCCCACCAAGUUGCUCUCCUAUCUAUGUCUCAUUUAUGACUAUAUACAUAUAUACAUAUAUAUGUGUACAUACAUAUUUGUGUCAUUGAAGCAAAUUGAGUGACUGGUAAUAUGGAAAGCUUGUGAUAAUAAUUGGUAUCAAGUCACUUAAGUCUCACAACAACCCAGCAAUACAAAUAUUAUCUCACUUUAUAGAUGAGAACAUAAUGUUUCAUUGAGCUAAAUAAUUUGCUAAAUUGUUGUAUAUGGGGUCUACAUCAGAACUGAGAUAUCAAAACUUCGUCUGCAAAGCACUGUCACAAUUUUGCAAUCAAGGUCCCAGUAAUACCAUCCCUUCCAUAUCCUUUGGUACUUUUCUAAGGUAAAUAUCCCUUUAUCUUCCAUUAUCCACUAAUUUACUUCCAUUAUCCCUUCAAGGCUGGGGUGCUAGCACAGAGGGUAGGGUGCUUGCCAUGUAUGCGACCAACCUGAGUUCAAUCCCUGGCAUCCCAUGUGAUCCCCCAAGCUCAGCCAGGAGUGAUAGCUGAGCACAGAGCCAGGAGUAAGCCCUGAGCACAGCUGGGUGUGGCCUAACCCACACCACCACCACCUCCAAAGAAGGAAUUAUUAUCCUCUCACACUUGUCAGUUUUCUGGUUAUAUUAUACUAAAGUGAAAAAAUUAAGAAUUGGUACCACUUAUCAUGAGACCUUGGGGGAAGGGUGAAGCAGGAGGCAUUGGGCUACACCUGGGCUACACAGUGCUCAGGGUUCACUCCUGGCCCUGAGCUCAGGAACCACUCCUGUGGAGGCUUGUGGGGCCGUAUAGGUUGCCGGGGAUCAAACCUGGAUGGGUCACAUAAAAGGUACCUUACCUGCUGAACUAUCUCUCUGGCCCCCUAAUUUAGGUUUUUUAAAAAAAAUUUUCAGUCCUAAUUUUGAGAUAAAAAUUCAGGGACUGGAGCAAUAGCACAGUGGAUAGGGCAUUUACCUUGCAUGCAGCCAACCCAGAUUCGAUUCUCAGCAUCCCAUAUGGUCCCCCGAGCACCGCCAGGAGUAAUACCUGAGCAUCGCCGGGUGUGACUCAAAAAUCCUUAAAAAAAAAAUUCAAAUGUUUUGUGUGAAUUUUCAAAUUUUUGAUAAGAAAUGGAGUGGGGACUUUAAUGGUCAUCUAGGGCCCUGUCCUUUUGUAUAGCUAAGACAGAUCCAUAAUGCUUGAGUGAUUUGUCAAAAAGAUCACACAUUUGAUUGUGGCAAAACUAGGUACAGAAAGAAGAUCCUCCAGUCUAUUGUCAAAAUGCUCUUGAACUUUGACCUUACUGUCCAGAAUUUGAAUUGGAUCAAUGGCACCAUGGGACACGAUGCCUUGUAGAUCAGAUUGUUUCUUCUGCACCUUUGUGACUUCUCAACUUGGU